AUGGCGCCGACGCUAGCGAAGCGAUGGCAGCGCAUGUUCUCGACGUCGCACGCCGGCCAGCGGUCGCCCGGCGACCAGCGCCACGACGACCAACCGUGCGCGCCGCCAUGGGCCAACCACCCGCCGCCACUCGGCCGCCGCUCGAGCUUACCAGAUCGCGGGUACACGUCGCCGCACCAAGCGCCGCAGCAGCACCACCAGGCGUCGCCUCACCACCAAGCGUCGCCUCACCACCAAGCGUCGCCCCACCACCAGAAGUCGCCGCACCACGCUAUGCACAGCGCGUCGCCGCAACACAUGCAGCAGCAGCGCGGUUUGAAGCACAGCACGUCCCGCACGUCGCUCGACAGCGCGGACGACGACCGGCCGCCCGGCGCGAACGGCGUGGGCGGCGCGGAAAUGGUGACGGUGAAGCUGGCCAAGUCCGACUGGCUAGAGAUAGUUAACGCGCUCGAGUCGGCUUCCAGCAGGUGCGAGAACUGCGGGGAGACUUCACCGUCCGCGCCCCCCGUCGUCUCGCUGCCCGCCACGCAGCGCCUCUUCGCGCAGCUUAAGGCGCGCAGCAACGGCCCGCCCGGCGGCGGCGCGAACGAAGACGUGCUCGGGCCGCUCUCGGCGCUGCGCUCGCAGUCGUCGCGCGAGGGUAUCGGCAUCGGCGGCGGCGUGGGCGGCGCGGCCGCCAGCUCGACCGGGUCGCCGUACGGUCUGACGUCCAGCGACAGCGCGUCCACGUCGUCCCGGCGGCGUUCGCUGAACCUUCCGCGCGCGCGCGAACUCGAUACGGAUCUGCCGUCCAGCGGCCCGCUCGGCCACAUCCAGCCGCGCGACGUGUUCGGCGCCGCCGGGAAUCACGGCGCGAGUUGCGGGCCCAACUGCCACGCGGACGCGCACGGCAUGCACGGAGCGCACUCGGAGCUCGGACCCAUGGCGUGCCCGCACCUCGCGGCGAUGGGCAACAACGCGGGUGCCUUCGGGGGGUCGUCGUUCGGGGCGCGAAGCAUCCAGCAAGCUUCCGCCAUGGCGCCCACCGCCUACAGCUGCGUCGAAUCGAUGAUCGGCGGCGGGGGCGGCGGCAUGGGCGGCGGGUUCGGCGGAGGCGUAGGGAUGGAUAGAUUCGGCGGAGUUUCCGCUUCCGCCAUGGUGGCGGCGGCGGGAGUGAGCGCGGGCGGAAGCAGCGGGUUUUCAAACGCGGGGUUCUCGAUAGGGGGAUUCUCGAACGCGGGGUUUUCGAAUGCGGGGAUGUCGAGCGUGGGGCGCAUGGGCGUGAGCCCGUCCGAGAUCCUCAACCGCAAACUGCUCACCAUCAUCACCAAGGCUCACGACCUCUUCUCCAAAGACCAGUCCCCGAACGGCAGCAAGGUGGGCGACUACCUGCUGGCGCAGCUGCUGGAUCUGACCAAGUCCAAGUUCGGAUUCGUUGCCAGCGCGCUCAAGAAACCCGAAGGCACCUACUACCUCAAGACGCACGGCAUAACCAACUUCGCAUGGACGCGCGAGCUGCGCCUCUGGUACGCGGAGAACGCCCCCUCCGGCCUGGUCUUCUCCAACAUGGACACGCUAUCUCCCCGUCCCUCCUCGUCCCUCCCCGUUGGACUUCCCUCCCCCGUGCAACUCCAGACGCACGGCAUCACCAACUUCGCGUGGACGCGCGAGCUGCGCCUCUGGUACGCGGAGAACGCCCCCUCCGGCCUGGUCUUCUCCAACAUGGACACGCUGUUCGGCCGCGUCGUCACCACGGCCGACGUCGUCAUCUCCAACGACGUUCCCAACGACCCAAGAGCGGUCGGCGUGCCGCCCGGCCACCAGCGCGUGUCCACCUUCCUGGGGGUGCCUCUCUUCGCUGGAGCCGAGCUGGUGGGCAUGUUUGCCGUGGCGAAUCGCAAGGAGGGGUACGAGGAGACGCUGCUCAUGGAGAUCCAGCCCAUGACCAAAACCGUCGCGCAGAUCGUCGGCGCGCUGCAGGAGAGACGGCGUGAGCGCGAGGAGCAGGAGCGGCUGAGAGCUAUGCUGAAGGGCACGGGGGAUGCGAUUCUGGGCGUGGAUGACAUGGGCGGGAUCAGCUCGUUGAACCGCGCUGCCAGGUUGCUGUUUGGGUUCACGGACACGGAGGGGCUGGGCGACAGCACUGGCAGGGCGUUUGGGCAGGCGGAGGUGCUGCCGGAGAAUCUGCACGUCGCGGAUCUCUUCAUUAGUGUGGACGGCCGAGAUGACUUCGCCGACCAGGGUGAGAUGCCGCCCCAAGCACUGUUUCGUUUUUGCUCCAUUUCUGACAAUCUGACUACCUGUGUGUUCCUGGCUCCUCGCACCCUCUCCUCUCCCCUCUUCCCCUCCCAAGUCUACCCCAUAGCCCUGCUCUCGGGCUGUCCAGUCAUCAAUCUGUACCUUGGGAACCGCUGGGUGUGGUUCAGUACCAACGCCCCUAUCAACCGCAUUCACCCUCUGUGUGCCACUGCAGGUCUGGAGGUGUUUGUGUGUGACGGCCUCAGGAUGCCCGCCAUUGGUCGGCGCAUUCUGGGCGGCACACUGCUGCUGGAAAUGAUGCUGUCGCGCGGCAGCAACCCCGACGUGGCCUACGUCAUCACUGCCCGAGAGCUUAAGAACAGUGGUCUGGGCGGCACGCCUACGAUUGGCUCGGGCAGCAACAGCCUUGCGAGAACGGGCAGCAAGGGAGGGCCCACGUUCUUUGAGCCUGCAAAUAUGCCGGGAGGAGAUGAGUUAUCUCAUGGGUGA